UUCUUUUUUCGCGUUCUUUCAUGUUUAUCUAAUAAAAAUGGACAAUUUUGCAUUUGCUGGCUUAGAUCCUUUGUUCUUGACCAAUGCAAAACUGAUCAUUAAGGAUCUUCUUCAACUAGAAAAAGUCAAACAAGCACCUAUAGAGCUUUAUAAACUUUAUGAUCACCUUCUUAAGUUUGUAGAGAUCUGUGGUCUUGUUGUAGCUGUAGAAUCAAGCAGUAGAUCAACUCGAUACACAGUUGACGAUGGUACAGGCACAAUAGAGUGUGUGGUAUGGCUUGAUUCUGUCACAAUAGAUAGCAACAAACCAUUGGAUUUGGGCACCAUCGUUCGUGUGAUGGGAAAAGUGGUAACGAUGAGGAACGAAAAACAGGUUAUUGUGUUUGAUCUAUACUCGACACAAGAUCCACAUCAAGAAAUCACACAUUUCCUUCAAGCAAUUCAAUUAAAAAAAGUAUACCAACAGCCUGUCAAAAUGCCUUUUUACAUAGAAACACAUGGCAAUGAAAUUUUAAGUCAGCUCGACAAAGACCAAGAUCAAGCAAUUGAUUUUUCAAAUCCUCAUAACGCAAAUAAUCAACAAGAACUUGAACAGCUUAUCUUGCAAUAUUUACCGUCAAGUGAAUUUUCAUUGACGUCUUUUUUGGAUAACAUACCUUCAGAUACCAACCUGCAUCAAAUGUUAAAUAAUCACAGACAAACAAUGAAGGAUAUGUUUGAAGAAUUACUCAAGAAGGGUCUGAUCGUAUCAGUCGAGAAUAAAAGAGGCCUGUAUAGGAAAUCAGCGGAUGACCUACUCCCAGACACCAUUAUUGGAAUCAUUCAUGAUGUUCAAACACAAAGACCCCAACACUAUGGUGGUGUUCGUAUUGAUUAUAUUGUUACCAAGGUUCUGGAAAUACCACGUUAUGCAACUCUCAGUAAAAAUAAAAAGAGGAUAAACCAGGUUUUGAAUGAACUCGUUGAACAAAGUAUUCUUUAUGCUGCAGGAGAUAAAGGAUUCAGGCUUUUGUUGGAUACAAAGUAAUAUGUGUAAUUAUGGACUUUAUACACUGACCCGAAAUAAAAAUUAGCCCAGUUUUUUGUCAUUCAAACUCAGCAACAAAGGUAUCAUGAUCCAAGAGCCCUUUAAUAUGCCAAGAUGAUACUUAAACGCGCUGAGUUCUU